AUGGUUGAGGGAGGAGACGAGGGCCGGGAAUAACAACACGGUGCUGGUGUACGACACACACACCUCGCCUCCAAACAUCAAUGACAACACUGACAGUAUUACCUCUAUAACAUGGCAGUAACUCUACGAUCACGGUAAUGAUCGUCCAUUCAGUGACAAGGUCUUAAGGCUCCAUAAGUAAGAGAUCCACCAAGGCAGGAUGCUUGAAGGAUUGGCAACAUGGGUACUCAACAACUACUUGGGAAAAUAUUUGGAAAAUUUGCACACCGACCAGCUAUCAAUUGGUUUACUUAAGGGAGAAGUUGAGUUGGAAAAUGUACCACUACGAAAGGAUGCGCUUCGGCACCUCGACAUGCCAGUCGAGGUCCGAACUGGAUUUGUUGGGAAAGUAAAACUUCAGAUUCCAGUUUCACGAUUACGUUCAGAACCAUGGGUCAUUAUGUUCGAGCAGCUAUACCUUGUUGCGGGACCUGUAAAACUGGAGGAGUUUGAUGAAGAGGCUGAGGAAGCAGCAUUUCAGGCCCGCAAAAUUGCACAGCUUGAUGGAUUGGAAGCUGCAUGGAGAGCAGAUCAGGAGGCCCGCUAUGAAGCCUCCCACUAUGCCAAUUCUUACUCAUCAUGGCUCAGCUAUGGCACUUCAUUCUUGACUAAUAUCAUUGAAAAUAUACAGCUGAAAAUACGUGAUGUUCAUCUGAGGUACGAAGAUGACCGAAGUAUUCCAGGACAGGUGUUUGCCUAUGGACUUACAAUUGAUUCUCUUGCUCUCCAGAGCUCUGAUGACCAUUGGAUCCCUAGGUUUGUGUAUGGUGGAGACUCAAAGAUGGCCUACAAGCUACUGGAGUUGACUAACAUGGGGCUGUACUGGGAUACCACCACUGAAGUCUACAGUGGCAAGUCCUUUGGGGAAUUAGCGGCACUGAUGUUUUCUGCCAUCGAAAAGCGUGAUCAUGAGUAUUUAUUGCAACCUGUCAGUGCCACAGCUUGCGUCAAACGAAAUUUGAGUGAAGCGCCACUCAGAUCUCGUUCAAACCCUCGAAUGACAUGUGACCUUAAGCUGGAAAAGUUUCCCCUCGGUCUGAGUGAAUCUCAGUAUCGGCAAGUGGUCAAAUGGAAUAAAGAAUAUGACAGAUUGGAGAAAGCUCGUCAUUAUCGAAAAUGGAGGCCAUGCUGCUUAGUUAAAGAUAAUCCUCAUGAAUGGUGGCAGUAUCCUAUUCAGUGCCAUUUAGAUAGAAUAAACAAAAAAUACAUAGGUAGGAACUGGCCCAUGGCACAACAAAGAGCCAGAGAUAUUGUUAAAUAUGUGCAAGUUUAUAGUGAACACCUUAGGAAUCCUGCUACAGUGUCAACUGAGUGCAAAGCACACAAACUACAGGUUGAACAGGAAUUAAACUUUAAUGAGCUUCGUUCUCUGCGAGAGAUUGCCAUGGAAAGAGUUGGGAAAGAACUUGAAUUAUUACGAGAGACAAAACCCUAUACCACUCCCACUGUCCCUGAAGAGACAUCUCCAAUACACAGUGGUGAGGGGAUUCUCCAGCGUUGGUUUCCAGCUUGGGGUGGCUGGUAUGCUCCAAGUGCAAGCUCAGCCCCUUCACCACAACAAGAUAUUCUCCAAAGGCCUAACAUUCCCAUGGAACAUGAAGUGCAAUCCAUCCCCGAGUCUGAUGACAAUCAGGAGUUAGAAAAACAGCCUUCGGGUUCCCUGGAGGAAGAAAUUUUAUACGUGCUUUCUGACACUGUUGAAAACAAUACUUUCAUGAAGAGAGAUGCAGUAUUUUGUCAGCUGAGCUUUGCACUGAAGCAAAGCACAUUUACCCUUUCAUCCACCACAUCACUGGUGCCAGGCACCAACAUGGAGGAAAAGGAACCAAAAAUUGCAUUGUUUGAACUGGAAUUUGCAGAUGUUAAAAUGGCCUUAGAGUCUAGACCAAGAAGCAAGUCUUACAAGUUUGACCUUGAACUGGGCUCCUUGAGUUUAAGGGACAAGGUUACUGAAGAGUCUGCAUUUCCUUUAUUGGUAUCUCCUCAAAAUCGGGCAUCAGGAUCGACACUGACUACCAGUAUGUCAAGAACGUCCACAAUGUAUGCCAAGCUAACAAAUAUCAUGUCUCCAGUGCAAACCAAAGUGGAAGGUCCCCUCUUCUCCCUCAUGUACGAGUGUCGGCCGUUUAAUUCCAAAGCUGACCACAAGCUGAUUGUCAGCUCAUCAGCUUUGGACAUGGUUUAUAAUCCUUCUGCGCUAGAAGCAAUUAAAGCCUUCUUUACGACUCCUUAUCACAAGAGGGAUGAUGUUGGAUAUGUGCCUCAUAUGACUGCACUCACUUCAGCUGCCAGGAAGAGAUAUGAAGAACUAAAGGAACAAACAAAGCAAGAGUUAAAAAGGAACUGGGACCAGAUUCUGGAGGGAGACUUGAUGACAAGAAAGCGUUGGGACGUGAAGCUGGACAUUUCUGCUCCACAAAUCAUCAUUCCAGAACACUUUAGAGAUAAAAAUGCAACAUUGGUUGUACUGGACUUUGGAAAAUUGAUCUUCUCCUCAGCCAAACCCUUGUCCCACUCUAAUCUGAAACAUGAACUAGAUAUGGCAAGUGAUGAAGAGGAUGAAUUUGCCACUCCGUGUUCUACCCCGGACGAGCUUGAAACUAUGUCACCGCUUGAUGGAGGAAUGAACGGAUCUGCGAGAAAAACUUCACUGCCAGAAUCACAGCCACAGAUUUCUGAGUCUCUACUGCAUGAUAGGAUGUAUGACAAGUAUGACCUUCGAUUGUGUGAUAUGCAAGUAUUAGUAGGAAAAGUUCGAGAUAAUUGGCGGUUUGCUUAUGUCAAAGGAACAGGUCACAUGCACGUGUUAGAUCGGUUUAGCAUCAACUUGCAACUUGAGCGGCGUGUGGUAGUAAUGCCAGAUGCACAGCAGCAGUGGCCAAGUGCUACUCUAGCCGGCACAUUACCAAGACUGGUUCUGCAUGUCAAUGAACAGAAAAUACAAGCUCUACGCACUAUGGUGUCAACGUUUUAUGAUGACCAGCCAGUUGAAAUAGCAAGGAAAGAUUCUACUGAGUAUAAUAAUAGCAUAAGCAGCUCAAGUCGGUCCAGCACACUAAUGUCCAUUGAUGACCAUGCUGACAAGGACUCCAGUAAAGAACCAUCAUCGCCGACAGAUGAUGGAAAGCUUCUAGUUGUACAGUUCACAGUGGAUAAAUUGUCUUUGGAGUUACAGUCACGGGGAAGAAGCAUAGCGGAGCUGCAGGUCACUGGUGUCCGUGCACACUUGAACAAACGUCCAUUUGAUAGUACAGCCACUCUGAGUGUCCAUUCCUUACUUCUUGUGGAUGCUUUACAAACCUUUGGACCUGACUUUGAGCUCUUAGUUGCAAGUCAUAAGCAUGUGAGCAUGGAUAGCGUGAGUGGAAGUAUUUUGGACAGUGAGCCGUGUUCGCCCACAUCACCCGCUUCUCCAGACCACAAUGCUUUAUUUAAGCCAACUUCUCCUGUAACCAUUAGUCGUGCUAUUUCAUCAUAUGCAGCUUCCAGAGCACACUCGCCUCCCCAAUCUGCACGUUGUAUGCCAUCUCCGCCACUAAUCAAUUCACCGAUGUUUGGUGGAAUAGGAUCAUUGCCAUUUGUUGAAAAUAGAGAUUUUGAAGCUCUUAUUACCCUGGAGGUUACGUACGUUUCUGGGUUGUGCCCUUCACAACAAGGUGCUGGAUCAUUGCUGCUAGCUUCAGUACAAUUCAAUACAAUUGACAUCAUUGCAAAUCAAGAAACGGUAGUAGAACUUGUGGGCUUCAUUCAUCAGCUAUUUCCCCAUCACCCUCCCACAUCCACGCCUCGUGUGCAUUCUCACCUCUCGUCUGCAGCCCCUACCACGCCUACUGUUAUCUCUCCAGGGAAAGAUGAUAGUAGUGUGUCUCACGCAAGUUUGUACGAAGUAACUCCAGAGAAGAGCCCAAUUCGGGCUGAAGUCAGCUUUGACUUCCACAAAUUGACUGUUCUUCUACUACGAGGCGUUUAUAAGGAUAAAGAUCUAAUUGGUAGAAAAGUGGGAACGGCAGUUCUCUCAGAUGCCAAGAUACAGGCCACUGUUGAGAGUGAUAUUCUAACAGUGGAAGGCUCACUAGGAGGAUUCCAGGUACGAGAUGUAACUCCAGAAGGCAACAAGCAUCAGUGUAUCAUCAGUGUUGGUCAGGAUCCCAUAGUUGAGCGCUCACAGGAUAUGUUUUCCCGGUUGAACAGCGAUAUCUAUCGGUCAUAUUCCAGCUCAGAGAGUAUAGCUCGGGCAUUCAGCUUUACCAUUGUCCGCCCACUUGCAUUCUCCACUCCGAACUCACAUAUUUGUGGAGAUGGUCACCCUGGGGAUAGUGAGAACUUGAGUGUGAAGCUGCGACUGGCGUCGGUGUGUUACACCCACUCCCCACUGUUUCUGCAAGAACUGAAGUCUUGUGCCACAGAAUUCAAGCAUUACAUGGCUUUAGUUGCUCAAUCAAUCAAACAUGCUGCUACUGAAAUGGCAAUGGGUCUUGUUAGUAAGAGGAUUGAGUCGUUUGCCAGCUUGUCAAGUAAUCAGUGGGAGGCGUCCCCUCGCCACCGACGAAGAAUGAGCUUCUCACGCUCGACUGAUACCUUGAACCUUCCAGCACCUCCAGCUUCGGCAUCUGGUUCAGGCUUAAGUCCAGAACAUGAAGAAAGCACUGACCUACCUUUUUCACUGAACCUGGAUGUCAUCCUGGAGACGCCAGUGGUUGUACUGCCCGAGUCUCCUAACAGUCCAGAUGUGUUAGUGGCUCACCUUGGGCAGAUCUCUAUUAACAAUGCUUUGCCAUCUCGGCACACUUCACCAGAUACAUACUCUUCUUUUCCACUGAGCAGAGUUGCAGAGUACCAGGUGAUGGUGCGUGAUAUGAGUCUCUUUUCCUUGAAUGUUGAAGAGAGACUUAAGUCCAAAGAUAGCACAUUCCAGUGGUUCCACAACCAGCUGUUGAUCAUAGCUCCUCUGUCAACAACUGUGAUGUGUGCAGAGGAGUUGUAUAGCUGCCGGGAUCAUGGGCACCCAAUAUUACACAGCACCACCCUUGAGCUAGGACUCAAACAUGAGCAAGCAGCUUUUCUUCUAGCAGACCAUGAUGCUGGUCUCUUCUUCCCCAAUGAUAUUUUUGUGGAUCUUGACCCCCAUCCAGCAUCUCGUGAUUCUCUAAAUAUUGAUGGUGGUAUUAUAACUCCACUGAAAAUUAGUGUUUCUCGUCAGCAGUACAGACAGGUAGUGAAGACCUUGUCCAAUCUGUCAUUCACUGACAUGGAACAAACAAAAGAUCUACCGGGUCUCAGCUCUGUGCGUGAAGAAGUUACCAGUGUUGCAUCAGAGAAACGUCAUCAGUCAGAGAGUGUACGGGCUUCAGCUGAGACUAAUGCAGCCUUGAUAGCAGUGAAAGGGUCAUUUUCUGUACCAAGCAUGUGUAUUGAGCUCCGUGGAGAUGUUGGCGAGAAAGAAAAACCACUGGUCAAUCUUCUUCUGGAAGAAUUAAAAGCUACUUACGAGUCGUGUGAACCUUACAAAACAAGCAUUCAGGUAACUCUUCGAUCAUUAAUGAUGGAAGAUCUGCAGCAAUCAGACAGUAGUACACAGCACAGAUUCCUAAUGAAGUCAGAUACAGUAUUGGAGGCAGCAACAGAUGCCCAUACAUCAUGCUCCAACCAUCACUCUUCAUACUGCUCACACAGCCACUCCUUUCAUGAGCACAGUACCCCCCAGUAUAUAUCUACCUCAUGUCCAGAAUUUUGGCAGCCUCAUCAUGCUUAUUUAGCAUUAUCAUCACUUCCCAGUGAGCUGAAAAUGGAGAAACCUUUCUUUAAAGCAUUGCAGAAGCCUUCUGUUACUCCUAAAAAAAAAAUAAGAGGUCUAUCGCUUCAAAGUUCUCAUGUGAGCUCCAAGUGCAACGCAACGAGUGCCAGGAGUCCUUGUACUCCACCGCCCUCACCAACUCCAGGAAAAGUCUCCCAGUUUCCGCACCAACCUAAUACUACUCUUGUCACCAUUACCAUUUCCAACAUAGACAAGAGAUGCCCAGAAUUUUACAGUAAAUAUGAUGGGACAAACAGAUUCAUUGAUGUUGACUUCAACAGUCUCAAUACAGUCAUCAAUAUCUCGUCAUGGGUUAUGGUUCUGGAUUUCUUCAGUACUGAUGCAGAUGAAAAUGUUCUCAACAGAACGUCUGGACAAGCUACGCCUGAUACCACAAAGUUGGCUGGGCCUAAAAUUUCAGAGGAACUGAAUACAAUCAUGGAGAUACAAGUGCACUCUCUCACUCUCAUCCUCAACAAGACCGACUCUGAAUUGGCCCGUGCUAGUAUUUCUCAAAUCCUUGUUCGUUCGGUUGGAUCUGAGGGCAAUUUGACACUUACGGGUCGUUUGGGGUCGCUUUCUCUCAUUGAUUGCACUAGUCAUGGACAUUUGUACCGUGAAAAAUUCAUCACUGCUGGAAAUGAAGCAAUGACUUUCCAGAUAUUUAGAUACGGCCAUGAGGAUCCUGACAUGCAACGGGAAUGUGAUAUUCGUGUCAAGUUGAAAAUGUCGUCUGUGAUGUACCUACAUACUCAGCGCUUUGCAUUAGAAAUAACACAGUUUGUGCAAGAGUUCAACCAGCUGAGGUAUAUUGUGUCGAGAUGGAGGGCUACAAGUGCUGGCCUUGAGGUAGCUGACUAUAGCAGAGGUUCCCGCGUUUCCUUAGACAUUAGUGCUGGUUCACCUGUCAUAUUCAUGCCUAUGUCAAGCUGUUCAGAAACUUUAAUGGUUGCUGACCUUGGGAGCUUGACCAUCUCUAAUAAGUUUCUUUGGGCUGGUUCUAAAGGAACCAUUAGUCAGGUGCAGCGUCAGAACUUGGAGGAAAGACUUAGGGGUCAGCAGGGGACUCCCUCCACCAGGUCCAGUUCUAGAUCACUCGACCCGCGAUCUCGAUCACGCAGCCGACAUAGAGACACAGGUCUCUCGUUUCCAAGUGAUUCUGAAGCCGAAGGAGACCAAAGACAGCAGACAGUCACAAGCAACAGCUCUAAAUUACAAAAGUGCCUUUUAGAUGUUAUGUAUAUUGACUUGGUAAACAUGGACAUUUACACGAGCAUUAGAUUAUCAAAAAUACCAUUUAACUCAAAAGUGAGAGAAAAAGAGCACCCUUCAACAUUUGCAGAAAAGGAAAAACAAGAAGCGAGUAAAAGCAAAGGAAGCAGUAGUUCUGGUGAAAAUGUUGAAUGGAUUUUUGGAUCGUACAGUGUCAUGCGACAAGGAGUUUCCAUGCUGCAGGAAAAAUGCGCUUUCAAGUUACAAGUAGAAAGAAACCUUGAUACAGCACUUAGUCAUGCAGUGGCAGAUAUUAGUGUCCAUGGAAUGAUGAAGAAGGUCCAUGCUACCAUUGAUACCUUAAACUACAAGUUAAUACGAGGGCUUUUACUUUAUAACUUGGGAGAACCCCUUCCAUCUCUACCUGCCCAUCUUUAUCAUUCACAACCUCAGGAGCCUAGGCCUACACCAGAAUGUGUUUGGACUGGUCUUAACAUCAUUCUCAACCUGGACAAUGUGACUCUGGAGAUAGAAAGUGUGCAGGAAGGCAGUGCUCAGGCUAAGUCUUGCACUCCUCUUGUUUGUGUCAAUUUUAUCAGUUCCAAACUCACAUAUGAGAGUUUCUCCGAUGGAUCCAAAGACGUUGACCUGGUUUCCCAAGAAAUUCUUCUUAGUGACACUAGAUUUGAGGGUUUCCCAGUGAACAAACGAUCAAACAUUUUCACAAACAUUUUGCAGCCUACACCUUCAAAGAGUGCAAAAAAUAGCAGCCAACUUCAAGCAGAAGUUCAUUUCAGAUCGACAAAAAAUGUUACCCGAUUUACAAUUUUGCUGAACAACAUGCGCCUGAUGGGUAUCCUGGACUGGUGGAUGGAAGUUCUCGACUUUAUUGACAAGACACCUGAUAACCCAUUUUAUAAAGGAUCAAAGAGUGCAGCAAAUAUGAAGGAAACAUCUUGUCCAUCCAGCUCUGCUCUUACCCCAGUUUUGUUUUCCCCAAUACACACCCCAGUGCUUGGUACUUCUUUUACCCAUUCCCCUUAUACACGCUCUCCACAACCCGAGUCUCCGAGACCACAGUCGCCCGGGUCAGCAUUUGCAAGGGAUAGAAAUAUUAGAUGCACUACGCCAAAGUUAAACCCUAUGGUAGAGUCUACGGGAGUUAUGACUAAGCAUGCUAUUAUGCAGGAACAAAAUACAAUUCCAUUUGAGUUAAAGUUAAACAUCACUGACUCAGAGCUGGUAGUGGUGGAAAACACCGCUGUGUGGGACACCAGUGCUGUCAUUCUUAAGAGCACUGCGGUGAUCAGCUACCGGCCACAGCACCAGGAGCGACCCCUGUCCUGCAACUUAAACCAGUGUGAACUAUACUCUUGCAUCCUUGGGCUUGAGGAUGACACUGCAUUGUCCAUAAUAGACCCUGUCACAGUCAACAUAGAAGUCAGCGAUCGACCGGGCCAUAAACACCUCGUGGACAUCUCAAAUGUAUCCAUGUCUGUCCAACACACUGUGGAAGUUGUGCUGCACCAGCUAAACAUUCGUCUUAGUUAUCAUGACAUGAAGAUGUUUCAACAAAUUCUGGAAUCGGUGCCGAAACAAAGAGAGGGCGAUAAAAAACCUACCUCCUCUGAGGACAAGACUCAACCUGCUAACUUUCAUGCUCAAGUUGACAAGUUGUCAGCUCUUGGGUUCCGGGAUGUCGACUGCAAGCACGCUCUACACAAGUGUGAGGGAAGGCUUGAUGAUGCAGCUCUCUGGCUGACACACAAUGCACAGCCCGUACCUGCUCCUUCAAUUGUACCAACUGAUGUAACUAAGAAGAAUGCCAUUAACUUCCAUGCAUUAGAAAUCAAGACUGGGAGUGUUAAUAUAUGUGUUAUUGAUGACUGUGGUGAUUGUGAUGUACCUCUGCUAGAAUUUUCACUCUCUCACUUAGGACUAAAGCAGGACUGGCAAGGGCAAGGCUCAGCAAGCUGCUCCCUUUCAGUGGAUUACUAUAACCGUGCACUCUCUGGCUGGGAACCAUUUUUGGAACCUUGGUUAUGCCAAUCAGAGUGGAAUAAAAGCCCAUCCCAUGAUCUUCAAGGAGAUCGAUUAACUAUAAGUGUGAAGACUUGUGAUACUGUUAAUGUAAACAUCACCAGUACACUGCUGGAGCUCUACCACAUGGUGAAGAAUAAUUGGUCUUUGGAUUAUUACAACAGAGACAGGUUGGAUGUAGAAUGCAGCGGAGCUCCACAUGAAGGGUAUAAGGCAGCAGCAGUUAGUCCUCAAGGGUACCGCCGCCGCUCUCCAUUCAUACCCUUUGCUCUAAAGAAUGAAACUGGCUGUGACCUUUCAUUUGCCACCUUGACUUCUACACCAGAUAGUAUGGCCGAUAGUGAAAUCCUAACCCAGGAUCGGAUGCCAAAGAUGGAUUGGGUGCAUGUACCUGCAGGAAAUGUUGUACCAUUUUCUUUUGAGGGGCGAGGCAAACAACGUCAUCGUGACACCCAUGAAUUGAAGGCUCACCAGUUAUUAGUGCAGGUGGAUGGCUGGCAACCAGUUGGACCAGUUACUGUGGACAAAGUUGGCAUCUUCUUCAGAUUAGCUUCUUCACAGCCAUCAGGACUUAAUUGUGAGUUACCAAGUGCCCGGGUGAUUGUGGCAGUGACCCUUGAUGGGUCAGCUCGGAAGCUAGUAACUGUGAGAUCGGCUUUGCUUCUAACCAAUCUUUUGAAUUGCCCUGUUGACAUUCGCUUGGAAAACUCCGCUCUGAGACUUGGAGCUACUCCACUGCUAUUCAAGCGCUUGGCACCAGGUUCUACAUAUCCUGUGCCUCUCAAGUUUGUAGAGUUACAGAUAAACGUUCGGCCUGUUCCUGACCGCUCCAGAAGUGUCUUUAGCUUUUCAAACAAGCCUGUUUUUUGUACCAGUUUGCUUAAAUUGGGAUGUUUGGAAGGGGGUGUUAGACAGAGUCAUGCUGUCAACAACAAUAAGGAACAUCCAUUUAGGUUUUGUGCUCAUGUUAGAAGAGAAAAUUUCCCUGUAGAUGCUUCUCACUCUACUCCACCAUCAAGCUCUUCACAUACGAUCUCUCGUUGCAAUGAAUGGGUUCAGCCUGGCCACACAGUGGUACUGGUUAGUCCACUAACUUUGGUAAAUCUUUUACCUUAUGAUAUACACUAUGAAAUGAAGGUAACUGGAAAUCAUGGCCGAGUGAAGCCUGGAGAAGAUGCUUGCCUGCAUUCGGUUGAUCCGGCAGAUAGCAUGUCAUUGUCUGUUUGGACUGAUACACUUGAGUCAUGUGGGGAGAUAACUCUGAACCCAGCAUCUUCACCAUAUAUAAUGCCCCUCAAGCUUCAAGACAUGCAUAAGCGCAUUAUCUAUGUUAACUUGAAAAUUCGGCCGCAGUAUGGAGGUGCCGUCAAGGUGGUUGUGUAUGCAGGAUACUGGUUGAUCAACAAAACAGGUCUCCCUCUUAUCUUCAAACAGGAAGGAGUAUCAUCUGAUGCUGCUGGUCAAGACAAGGAACAUGAAGUAGCUCGGUGUGCAGCUCCAUUACUCUUCUCUUUCACUGAUCGUGAUGCCAACCCUAUGUUGGCUGCUAGAGUUGGAAAUCAGCUGCACCCUGAAUCACGUGCACAAUAUUGCCACAAGCUGCCCUUGACUCAAGGAACGUGGGUGAGGCGACUAAGAGUGAGUCCUCCAGAUACUCGUCCUGACCAUGUUUACAUUGUUGGUAUCGACGUGAGACCUGGACGUGGACGUUACAGAGAUACUUACAUGGUCACAUUUUCACCCAGGUUCCAAAUUGAAAACAGAUCUUCACAUGAAUUGAUCAUUGCUCAGAAGUGCUUUACGACAUCUUUUACUGAUCCAGGUGCCCAAUCAACAUGGUUACGUGCCAUCCCAGGCUGCUGGCUACCCUUCCACUGGCCUCGUCUUGAUAAGGAUCAACUUCUCUGUAUAUGCCUUCGCGACAUUCCCGGAUGUUAUUGGUCUGGCGGCUUUUUCAUUGAGAAAAUUGAUUCUUUCUACCUCAACAUCAGAGACAACAGUGGGCAUUGCUUCUUCAUGCGUGUAGAAGUUAUCAUAAACGAGGCAACAUACUUCAUUGUUUUUACUGAUGCUGACACUCUUCCACCUCCUUUCCGCAUUGACAAUUUCUCGGAGGUUACGAUAACUUACUAUCAGACAGGUACACAAGAGGAACGAUUAAGAACUAUAGUAAAGUCUAGAUGUUGCGUAGCAUAUGCAUGGGAUGAAGUCACCUUGCCGCCCCACCUAACAUGCAUUGCUCCUGGAGGAACGUCAGCUACUUACAAUAUGAAUGUUCUUGGCAAAGGAGCUACACUCACUUAUGAAAAUUUCAUCUAUAUUGCCUUUGCCGGAACAUUCCAAAAAACAUGUGGAAGUAAUGAGAGUCCAGACAACGGAGAUGUGACAUUUGACCCAACUACAGUAGAGUGCCAGCAGCUAGUCCUUGAUGUUCCAGAGGGAACAAGGGUAAAAUUGGCACGAAAGGAAAUCGGAAGGCGAUCACAGCUCUGGCGUAUGACGUCAACAGGAAUGUUACAACAUGAAGGAUCAUCUCCCCCUCAUGAUCCCACAAGCAAGAAAGCUAGAAAAUAUAACAAUGUUCUGGUGUUGGAUAUAGCUGGUCCUGCACCUCAACCCACAGAAUAUACUCCACUGAUGUUGAGAAAGCCAGAUGAUCGACGAAGACUAACACAAACAUGGCGAUUUACUGAAGAUGGCCAACUAUGCUGUGUCCAUGUCAAUAUGUUUGUCCAGGCUAAAGAUGGAUUCCUAGGACUUGCUCCAGGGAAUGAUGUGGUUUUGGGUCCACCUCAACUUGUUCACUAUGGCACAAUGGGAAAUGGCGUCCCAUUGGAGCAGGCCAUAUCUAGACAGAGGUUACGGCCUGGUUCUGGAACACUGGCUGUGAAGGUGGAUACUGAUGGACCAACACGUGUGCUGCAAAUAACAGAUAUCCACAGUAAGGGCGUGUCUUUGGUGGCAAGGACAGAGAGUGGUGACUGGGUGAGCCUCAGUGAAGAGGGAGGCACAACUACUAUUAAGAAGACAAGUGGAAGAAGCAAGCAAACUGGCAAUGGCUCCAGUAUAAAAGAGGUGCAGAUUCAACUCAAGAUUCAUGGUGGACUUGGCUUGUCUGUGAUUCAACAAACGCCUCCACAGGAACUCAUAUAUGCCAAGUUAUCUGAUAUUGUGUUUGAGUAUCAGAGCUCCCUGCUACAUCGAACUGUUGACUGCAGUGUAAGAGAUAUUCAGGUGGAUAAUCAGCUUCAAGGUGCCCAGUGUGCCGUGGUACUCUACGUCACCCCUCAGAGUAAGAGUGAUGAGACUCGUCAUCUCCCUGCUAUGUACCUUACUGCUCAUCAGAUCUUAUCAUCAUGCACGAAUGCAUACAUAUUCAAGAACUUAAUGGUAACCACGAAAAAUUUGACCGUUACUCUGGAAGAAACACUGUUGUUUAAGCUGUUUUUAAUGAUUGGGUAUGACCAGUCCGACUGUGAGCUGGAAAAGGUGGAGGAGCAUCAGUACGACAUGCGUAGAAUGCUGGCUGCUGCUACAUCAGUCAAUGCAACAAGAUACUACUUCACUAGUCUCGAACUGCAUCUCACUCAAGUUAGACUCAGUGUUCUUACCUCAAAAAAAUUAAGUCCAGAACUCAAGAAUAUAAAAAGAAAAAUGGGGCUGACAUUGGUCAGGUUUGAGAAUGCAAGUGUGAAUUUGGAGCCUUUCAUUCGUUGUCAUCCAUUUGAAACCUCUCACUUUUUGUUUGACUGUAUCACUAAACACUACCGGGAGGAGCUGAAGUCACAGGCGAUGAAAAUUCUUGGGUCAACAGAUUUCUUAGGUAAUCCGUUUGGUUUCUUUGCUGACGUAAGCGAAGGAGUGAAUGAACUGGUUAAUGAAGGAUCAGUGGGUGGCCUAGUGUGGAACGUAACGCAUGGCAUGGCCAAUUCUACUGCCAAGGUGACGGGGUCGCUGUCAGAUGCUGUUGGUCAUGUUACCAUGGAUGAGAAACACGAGGAACAUCGACAGAAAUUACGUGCCCUACAAGCAGUAAAUGGAGCAGACCAUAUUGUGGCAGGUUUGCGAGGCCUUGGCUUAGGACUUUAUGGUGGACUCACUAGUAUUGUCUCACAAACAUACACUGGAGCAACACAGGAAGGCUUUCCAGGAUUCUUAUCUGGCUUUGCUAAGGGAAUGGUGGGCACAGUUACAAAGCCAGCCAUUGGGUUAUUGGAUCUAGCAAGCAGCACAUCUUUAGCUGUUCGUGACACAAGCAAAAACCCGUCUCAGAAGAUUCCCAUGCGUACACGUAAACCAAGACUUGUUAUUGGGCUGAAUGGUAUGAUACCAAGAUACUCUGCAAGUCAAGCAGCUGGACAAGAACUCCUGCUUUCGUUUGAUCAAGGAGGGACGGAAAUCUUCCUUGGUUGCGAAGUGUUACGUGAAGGAGGAGAAGAUCUGCGUGUUAUUAUAUCUAGUGAACAGGUGCGAGUGUUCAGUCAGAGUGAACCUUCCAGUACACCCACACCUGUUCUUACAGUUUAUUAUAGAGAUUUAUACCAGUGCAAGCCAGUUGUUCUCCAAGUAGAAGGAUCAGAAACGGACCAUAAGCACUAUAUUGAAUUAAGUCUAAAAGCAGAAAAAUCUGAGGCACCUGGCAUCCCUCGACCUUCAGAUCUGGCCUACAAAAGACCUAAAGUUCGUUGUGAUUCCAGAAGUAUUGCGUGCAGGGUGGCACAGCAGAUCAACUAUGCAAGAAACUUGCACGAUGAAUUACGACAAACACUGCUUAUUCAGGAGGAAGAAAAUAUUGAAGACUAAAUACAUAAUGAUUUGAAAAUGUGCUUUGUUCUAGAGAUAGAGAAGUCUCUUUUUAGUACUGUGAUAGUUUGUAAAAUAGCAAUUAUGGUAAUUAUUAUUGCUGAUGUUGAAAUAUAUACUUAUAGCUGCUAUUGAAGCAUAGCAUAUAUUUUUAAGAUGUUAGUUAUGCCAAUUUUAGUCUUGCAUAUGUUAUGUGGCUUAUGUAAUCACCAAAUUUGUCUUGGUUCUUACAUAUUUAUUGACAUGAUCAUACUUCAUCCAUUUUUGUAAAAGAAAAAAAAUGUACAUACAUACAUUCUGUAAAAUAUAUAUAUAUUUUUAUUUCCUAUCUACAUGGAUUACAUUAUAUUUAUAAUAUUUAAAAUAGGUGAUGACAUGACCUCACACAGUUUAAUAUGUACUUUAUGUGAAUACUGAUUAAUUACUGGAACUGAGAACCUAACUACCAUCUCCAGACAACAAUAUAUAAGGUUUAAUUAAGGACUAGUCACUCAAAUCUUACGCUGGUUUGUAAUGCUGGAGUCACUGACUUGGUGCUUGAACACUUUGUUCAAGACUUAUUGUAAGUUAUCACUCUCUUAUUUAAUGUGGCUUUAAAUUCUAGUGCUCAUUUAUUUACUAAGUUCUGUGAUAUUAUUUGUUACAAUAACCUCAUAUAGAAACAACAGGAUACUAUGACCUAUAGACAGGUCUAUAAGUGUCCUCUCCAUCACAUAUGCAUGUUAAUAUUUUGGUUGUUGCUAGUUUCAUGUGUGUUUUGUAAUGAACAGUUUGAAAGCAGUGUUAGAAGAACUUGAAUUUUUUUUCUACAUUUUUCAUGACUGUGUUGAAAAAUGUAAUUGUUCAUUCCAUAGUUCAGCAGUUGCACUGACAUUACUUAGCUUCUUAGUAUUAAGUUUGUUCUGUUCCUGUGAUGUAAAAUAAUACCUUGGCUAAAUGGGAAGAAUUAUAUUUUUGUUAUUAGGCUUGUUAAUUAUUGUAUAUAAGCAAGAUAUAAUUCCUGUUGUUAAGGACAUGAAGCCUGUAGUUAAUAUUAUCGAGGUCCCUGUAGGGCAACUAUUGACCUUUCCCAGGGUGCAACCCAGAACAUUUGUGUAACUCCCAGGUACUGAUUUUCCGCUAGAUGAAGAGAGGCAUCAGGUGAAAGGAAAUAUGCCCAACUGUUCCUGUCCUACCUGUGGACUGAACCUGGGUCCCUCAGUUGUGAUCAGAGGACAUACUGUGCUUCAACACCCAUUAAACACACAAUCAAUACUUAUUGGCAUUAUUUGUUGCUGUAUAUAAAUUGCAAUGUACUGUAUAGUAAAUGUAUUCUCACUAUGUACGCUUUAGUAUUUAAUUAUAGAAGUAUAUUUUGUUAAGUUGCACUAAUGGCUGAAGUAGCAUGAAAACCUGGAUGUGUUAGGACAGCUGCAAGAGUACCAAUCCCAUAAUUUCAUUGAUGUCUUUGAUGUUCAAAUUCAUCUAAGCUUCAGGUUGAGUGGCCAGUAGUAGGGGUUUUAAGAAUCAGAUUGAUGAAUUUAGUUUUUUCUUAUUCACUGUGUUCUAGGUACUCUUAAAUAUUCUGCAACUGUGUUAUUUGGCUUUCCAAUUUUAGCCAUUUUGUAUAAUUACAGUAUUUACUUGUACACAAUAUAAUCGACAUUUGCAGUGAUUUUUUUUGUAAUAUUGUACAGUAUCCAAAAAUCAUUUCUCUGGUACAGUGAAAUUUUAUCUUUUCAAAGUUAUUAUUUCAAGAGAUGUUAAAAAUAAAAUAUAUAAAUACA